UGCUUGAGCAGGGGGUCGGACUAGAAGACCUCCAAGGUCCCUUCCAACUGUUAUUCUGUUACUUUCUGGGAGUGUUGUGCCAAAGAAUCCUUUCGUCGGGUGCUCCAUUACUAAUUCUGGAAACUGAAGGACGAAAACUGAUGGAAGAAGUCAGCUCCUUCCUUUGGCGAUCGUGAACGGGAGAGUCUAUUUAAUCUUUGUCGGGCCUAACCAGGUUUAAGUAACACAAAGGGCGACAGAAGAUGGAAUCCUUGGUUUUUGCUGACACGGCACCACACCGGACCUGAGCAGGGCAGCUUUGUGGGGUUUAUCAUGUCAGAGGCAGAAACCUACCAGACAGGAGACUUAUCUAAUCUGUCCCUUUGCAUGCCCAGACUGCCUUCUUCAAUUCUGCAUGGUGAGCUGUAUUCUCUUGCCGGACCCAACGUAUGUUUUGUUUUUUGCCAAAGAUCCGGGUCUGGUUUGGCCUUUAUUCAUCUUGGAAAGGGAAGCAAGCUAUUUCAUUGGAAUGUUUGUUAUAUUCUGCUUAAAACAGUUAGUAAGAGGGGGAAAAAAUACUCGCCUUCUUUAUCCUCUAGGUAGGUCUGGAGAAAGUGGCACAUUUUUUACCAACAAAGGAGAAUAUUUGUAGGUGUUGAACGGAGGGUCCCCGAUGCUCUCUGAGCUUGGUGCUUUUCUUGCAGAGGUGGUAGUGGUAGUGACUUUUUGUGUUGUUGUUGUUGCACUUUUUCCCCCCCAAAAGAGUGUCUUCUUCUGUUGAAUGCUCCUCUCUCAGCUCUGCACCUCUCCGCAGAGGCCCCCCCCUGUCUGCUAGCCAGAAAGUGUCCAGUCACCGGGUCUUCUGAUUGGCCCGAGGCGACUGGUUUGAAUAAUGAACCUUUUAGUGUUGGGCGCGGCGAUUGGCCGGGCCCUGCUGCAGUGAGAAUGCAGGCUGGAUCAUCAUCAGGGCUGCUGCUGCUGUUCCUUUGACGUGCAUUGUAUGAGUUGGGGCAGGCUCCAUCGGCUAAAUCCUGCAGCUGCCGCCCAGCGUGGGGCUCCCAUCAUUCCUGCCUCUUACCUUCCUUUUUCUCCCUGUUUGUGAGUCCAGGCACGACGACACCCGGCCAGCGUUUUCAAAGCCAGGCAGGAGAGCUAGUGUAGCUGCAACAUGAGCCUCUGGCAGGGCUGAGCAUCCAGCUGUCUGUGCAGGACCGAUUCCUUCUCCUGGAGCACAGCGGAUCCAUCUUCUCCGCGCGGCGAGCAUCCUUCCCCGCCUCUCCCUUCCCCGGGGAUCAAGGGAUGCUGCAGACGCUCUGGCGUGUCUUCUCGUCCCUCUUUCUCGGGGCUGGGUGUCAGGGCCCGGCCGGACCCCCCCAGGAGGAUGUGGCCCAAGAAGGACCCCCACUCCCCAAGCUUGCCGACCAAGCGCCCAAGCUGCCUAGAAAAUUAGACAACAAAGAAGCCGAUCCGUCCGAAAGGAGGCCGACCAUUCUCCUGGUGGUCGGGCCUGCCGAGCAGUUCGCAGAGAAAAUCGUAAAAGCUGGAGAUAAGGAUCUGGAUGGCCAGCUGGACUUUGAAGAAUUCGUUCACUACCUGCAGGACCACGAGAAGAAGCUAAGGCUGGUCUUCAAGAGCUUGGACAAGAAGAAUGAUGGUCGCAUCGACGCUCAGGAGAUCAUGCAGUCCCUCCGAGAUCUGGGCGUCAAGAUCUCCGAACAGCAGGCAGAGAAAAUCCUCAAGAGAAUAAGGACAGGGCACGUCUGGGGUCCUGUCACUUACAUGGACAAAAACGGGACGAUGACGAUCGACUGGAACGAGUGGAGGGAUUAUCACCUCUUACACCCGGUGGAGAAUAUUCCAGAAAUUAUCCUGUAUUGGAAACAUUCAACGAUUUUCGACGUGGGGGAGAAUCUCACCGUCCCAGAUGAAUUCACGGUGGAGGAGAGGCAGACGGGGAUGUGGUGGCGCCACCUGGUGGCAGGAGGAGGCGCCGGCGCUGUAUCCAGGACCUGUACUGCCCCCCUGGAUCGUCUGAAGGUGCUCAUGCAGGUCCACGCUUCGCGCAGCAACAACAUGUGCAUCAUCGGAGGCUUUUCCCACAUGAUCCGAGAAGGUGGGCCCAGGUCCCUUUGGCGCGGCAACGGCAUCAACGUCUUGAAGAUCGCUCCGGAAUCAGCUAUCAAAUUCAUGGCUUAUGAGCAGAUCAAACGCUUCAUCGGCACAGACCAAGAGGUGUUGAGGAUUCACGAGAGGCUGGUGGCCGGCUCGUUGGCUGGAGCCAUUGCACAGAGCAGCAUUUAUCCCAUGGAGGUUCUGAAAACCCGGAUGGCCCUGCGUAAAACCGGGCAGUACACCGGGAUGCUGGACGGUGCCAAGAACAUCCUCGCCAAAGAAGGACUGGCUGCCUUCUACAAGGGGUACAUUCCCAACAUGCUGGGCAUCAUCCCGUAUGCUGGGAUUGACCUGGCUGUUUACGAGACGUUAAAAAACAGCUGGCUGCAGCAUUACGCCGUGAACAGCGCAGACCCGGGGGUCUUCGUCCUGUUGGCCUGCGGGACCAUCUCAAGCACUUGUGGGCAGUUGGCCAGCUACCCCCUGGCCUUGGUGCGGACACGGAUGCAGGCGCAAGCUUCAAUCGAAGGCGCCCCCCAGGUGACCAUGAGGAGCCUCUUCAAGCACAUCCUGAAGACCGAAGGCGCCUUUGGACUCUACAGGGGCCUGGCCCCCAACUUCAUGAAGGUGAUCCCCGCCGUCAGCAUCAGCUACGUGGUCUACGAGAACUUGAAGAUGACGCUGGGAGUGCAGUCGCGGUGACCGCCAAAGCAGCCCCUCUAGACUCCGUGAUCUAAACCUUGGGGCGACCGCUCCUGGGUGAACAGCCGUUUCAUUCUGUGAAUGGGUUGAAGACACUAAAGUUGUGUGAACCAAGCUGUGAAACUCCCAGACCCAGAGAGGCCUGGGGAGUGGG